AUGGAAUCAAGCGGAAAGCAAGUGACAGUGCAGCUGAUGCUGGCGGUGGGGGCUGCUGUGAUUGGCUCCUUGCAGUUCGGCUACAACACAGGCGUCAUCAACGCUCCUGAGAAGACCAUCGAGAGCUUCUACAAUGAGACCUGGAUCGAGCGCUACGGCGAGCCCAUCCCCGAGGCGACCCUCACCACCAUGUGGUCCGUCUCCGUCUCCAUCUUCUCCGUGGGCGGCAUCAUCGGCUCCUUCUCCGUGGGCCUGUUCGUCAAUCACCUGGGGAGGAGGAACUCGAUGCUCAUAGCUAACGUCCUGGCCUUCAUCGCCGCCGCGCUCAUGGGCUUCUCCAAGAUGGCCACCUCCUUUGAGAUGCUGAUCAUCGGGCGCUUCGUGGUGGGGCUGUACUCGGGCCUGUCCACCGGCUUCGUGCCCAUGUACGUGGGCGAGAUCGCCCCCACCGCCCUGCGGGGGGCGCUGGGCACCCUGCACCAGCUGGGCGUGGUCAUCGGCAUCCUCAUCGCCCAGGUGUUCGGGAUGGAGUCCAUCAUGGGGAACGCCGCGUACUGGCCGCUGCUGUUGGGGUUCACGGCCAUCCCGGCGGUGGUGCAGUGCGCCGUCCUGCCCUUCUGCCCCGAGAGCCCCCGCUUCCUGCUCAUCAACCGCAACGAGGAGAACAAGGCCAAGAGCGUGCUGAAGAAGCUGCGUGGGGUGGCGGACGUGAGCGCGGACAUGCAGGAGAUGAAGGAGGAGAGCAGGCAGAUGAUGCGUGAGAAGAAGGUCACCAUUCCGGAGCUCUUCCGCUCGCCGCUGUACCGCCAACCGCUCCUCAUCGCCGUCAUGCUGCAGCUGUCCCAGCAGCUGUCCGGCAUCAACGCCGUGUUUUAUUACUCCACACUGAUCUUUGAGAAGGCUGGAGUCUCUCAGCCCGUCUACGCCACCAUCGGCACCGGAGUGGUCAACACUGCUUUCACUGUGGUGUCGCUGUUUGUGGUGGAGCGAGCCGGCCGCAGGUCCCUGCAUCUCAUUGGCCUGAUGGGAAUGGCUGUCUCAGCUGUCCUAAUGACCGUUGCCAUGGCACUGCUGGAGCAGGUGGAUAUGAUGUCGUACAUCAGCAUCGCGGCCACCUUCAGCUUCGUGGCCUUCUUCGAGAUCGGGCCGGGCCCCAUCCCCUGGUUCAUCGUGGCCGAGCUGUUCAGUCAGGGCCCGCGGCCCUCCGCCUUCGCCGUGGCCGGCUUCUCCAACUGGACCGCCAACUUCAUCGUGGGCAUGUGCUUCCCGCAUGUGGAGAAACUGUGUGGGCCGUACGUCUUCAUCAUCUUCACGGUGAUGCUGCUCUUCUUCUUCGUCUUCACCUACUUCAAAGUGCCGGAGACCAAGGGCCGGACGUUCGACGAGAUCUCCGCUGGGUUCCGGCAGACGGCCGGCGGGGCGGGGGGGGAGAAGUUCUCCCCGGAGGAGAUGAACAGCCUGGGGGCCGAUUCCCAGCUCUGAGCCCCCCCCCCGCCUGGCCUGGCCCCGCCCAGCCCCCCCCUCCUCGCCCACGCUGGUGCACACUACUGACAGACUGACAGACACGCGCACUGCCUGCGUGCUUCCUCCCAGACUGCAGGGGGCAGCCUCGGUUAUGAUGUCAUUCUCUUUCUUUUUUUCUUCUUCUUUAGUGGGGAGAGUGCAGAGCCAGCCUGGUGUGAGAGCAGAUAAAGGGCUCGGGGCUGGAGGGCUUCACAGGAACGCAUACUGUACGCAGGCCAAGUUUGGUUUUAUUUUCCUCACGCUGAUGUAGGCUAACAGAGCCUAGCUUCCCUCCAUCCCCAACCCUGUUCCGCCACAGGAAAACCGAACAGAACCCUUAUUACCCCCCCCCCCCGUAAGAGCUGACCCCCCACUGACAGGCCCUCUUAUUAUUUUGGCAGCUCAGUUCCCCCACUUACACAUUCUAAAGGGCCGUCUGUGUAGAAGAGAAGCCUGUGUAAUAACUCUAGAUAAUAAGUCUACAUUAUUACCAAAAAAGCAGUCAAGGGAUAUUUCACGCUGAUUGGCCAGCUUCGAGCAAUGGAAAGUCUCAUGGACUUUCUGGGCAAAAUGGCGGUGCAUGUUUUUUGUGCCGAAAUGAGGGAAGCUAAUAUGCACGCUGGCAUCCUUAGGGGUUAUUCUGGAGACAAAAUAAUAAAAGGAAAAUUUUAACUGGCCAUGCCCGUGAUGCCGUGGUUCCAGACAGACCGAUCGGUGUGGAAUCCCCUGAGCAGGGUCUGAUCUCACAGCCAGUGGUCCCAGGCAGGAGAGCUGAGCUCUUUCUGCUCCGGGGUAGAUAUAUGAGUGAAGCCCUUUGAUGGUCUCUCUGCUUCCAGACUGCCCCCCUCCAGCUCAUUACCCAACUUCCCUGAGCGAGGGGGCGAGGCGGGGCAGAGCAGGGGCGGGGCCGGGGUGGGGGAACCAGCACAUGCACCCGCUGUUUGUUUUUGGGUAUUUUUAUUAAAAUUCCCAUUAAUAUUCCAGCGUACUGAAGGUAUUGCCCCACUAGUCUUUCUGUGCGCAGUAUUUAUGAGUUGGAAGGCCCUGUCUGCCUGUCUGUCUGUCUGCCUGUCUGCCUGCCUGUCUGUCUGUCUGCCUGUCUGUGUGCAGUAUCUAUCAGUCAGAAGGCCCUGCCUGUCUGCCUGCCUGCCUGCCUAUCUGUCUGUCUGUCUGUCUGUCUGUCUGGCAUCAGAUCUGUAAACAGCUUUGGGGCAUUGUGCUUGAAAAAGCUCCUUUCUGGCAACUAAGAACCUUACAACUCGUCAGCAAUCCAGUGACGGCCCAAUCAUGUAAUAUCCGAAUGUAGCGUAAUCGCAAGUAUUCUGAUGAAGCGUAGUUAACAAUAAUGCAGUAACUCACUGAUAACUAAACACGCUUGUUUGUGUUGUUAGUUCGUUAUUACAUUAACAAUGUAGGGUUCCCUGUAUUGGUUUUUUUUUUUUGUCAGUUUUAUUGCUGUGUCGUUUUUUAUUUUAUUUUAUUAAUAUGUGUGAUUCCCCUACUGGUUUUCCGCACUGCCCUCUGGCACCUGGGCAUAAACGUGUAGAUUCAGAUCAGACCUGGAAUGCACAGGAAGUUCAUCCUUCACACAGGAAACAGGAAGCAGUCCCUGUAGGUUCAUUAGCUGAAGAGACGUUGUUGUGUCGCGGUUGGCUCUGUCUGCGUUGUGGACGUGCUCGUUCGGCUGUAGGGCGCGAGGAGUCUUUUAAAGGAGGGACCAAGAUGAAUUUUUAUUUUCAGUCUCAUUUUUAAUGCUUUUAAAUUCCUCCAGGUCACACUGAAAGUGCUUUGGAAUCUGAAUGUCUCGCCCUCUCACUUGCUCUGAGGAAUGCAGCCUUGCGGAUUUUCUAUCUCACAUGUUAACGACGAUUGGCUAAUUUGAUCAGCCUAAGUUGAUUCCUGGAAGGUGUGGAGGUCCACUCAGCCCCACUGGCUGCUGUUUGCUGUUCAGUUUCUCCCUCACCAAGACUAAACACUAAACUGUCUGAGAGGCCCAUGGCAUGUGUAUGAAGUGAGCAUGUGCGAGCCCUUGAUGCUGAUUGGUCCAGAGGCAGACAGGAGUAGGGCUUGCAGAGAAACGUUUGUGUCAUGCCCGUUGUCAUGGUUAUGGUUUUGGAUGUGCGGAGGGGGUUCGAACAGCCAAUGGGAGGGAAGAGCUUUCAGACGUGAGUGAGUUUUCGUCACGGCAACAUGGUGUGUUUGAUGGAAGCAGCUGACUGAAAACACACAAACACAGGAGAGUGAAAAGCGGGCCUGUUUUGUGUGUGUCGUUGUCAGCACACUGACCUUUAGUUCUUCUGUGUCUAGCAAUAAAUACGUGUGCGUGUGUACACGCACUUUUUAACUACCUGUACUGUAUAACGUAGCUACUGUGAGCUGUCUCUCCACUGAUAGAGAGUUCAGUUUCUCAGGGUUUUUGAUUCCGGUUUUAGUGUAUGUUUUCCAAAAAUGUACACCAAAACUGAAGUAAUGUCAAAAACUCCAGCAAGUGAACUAUCCCUUUAAGAAAAAAAGUUAGAUGAGUUCUGUAAAUAGUAUAAAUAUUAGAGUAUCCACGUUUUUAACGAGAGAUAAAAUGGCACGUAUUCUACUUUCUAGCUGAAUAUGAGCAACAUUCUUGUGUACAGCACUGUUGUAUUUUCAGAAAACUACACGCUCACCAGGCUAUACCAGUCUUUUUACUAAUUUCAGAAAGUAUAUUUAGUUUUUAAAAAAUGAAUGACUGCAAUCACAACUACUUAUGCUUAUAUUUUACCAGCGACUGGUAAAUAAUAUGUAUUAGAUGUCUAAUUUAUUAGCGUGUUUUAAAAGAAUUUGAUUAUAUACUAAAAAAGAGUUUCUGUGUGAGAAUGGGGUGGGGGGGUGGGGGUAGGGUGGGUUGAAAGAUAUUUUGUUAUUAAAAAUGUGCCAACACGAGAUACUGUCCUGACAGUUACUUUUUUUCCCCUUCUUUUGUAAGAUAUGUGUAUGAUAGUUGGGAAAUUUAAUCUAAAUAAAAUCACACAGUGAAAACC